GAACUUGCGGUAAGAUCGAACUCACUCCUACAGCUUUUAGUGUAAUUUGCCCUUAUCUAUAGUCUCCCAUUCUCUCCCCUGCCCAAAGAGGUCCGAGUGUACAGCAAGGCUCAGACCUUUAUUGCCGAUCUUCUACGUAUUCGCGCUUCCACUGACCCGUAAAGAGUCCCUGACGUAGAAACGCCGCCAGCUGUCGCGCUCCCGCUCUCACCCCUGAGGCACUCUGUCGAAUACACGACCGAAGCUCCAGAACCUUUACAAUUUCUUUCCCCUUUAUUUGUCUUUUCGGUUCAACGAGGCGUUCGGUCAUGGACGUUGAUCCCCGCCACUACGAACACGUUGCUAUCAAUGACAACGACAUCCGCAAUGUUGUUCUAUCAUAUCUUGUCCAUAAUUGUUUCAAUGAGACUGUGGAGUCAUUCAUCACUAGCACGGGGAUGAAGCAGCCUGCUGAUUAUCUUGAGGGCAUGGAGAAAAGAAAAAGAAUUUUUCAUUUUGCCGUGGAGGGAAAUGCACUUAAGGCCAUUGAGCUGACAAAUCAGCUGGCACACGACUUGCUGGAGAAAAAUGAGGACUUGCAUUUUGAUCUAUUAAGCAUUCAUUUUGGUGAACUUGUACGCUCUAGAAAAUGCACAGAAGCUUUGGAGUUUGCUAUGACCAAGUUGGCCCCUUUUGGCAAGGUGCAAAAAUACAUUGAGAAACUUGAAGACUUUAUGGCACUGCUAGCUUAUGAAGAGCCAGAUAAAUCCCCAACGUUUCAUCUGCUUAGCUUAGACUACAGGCAGCAAGUCGCAGAUAGCUUGAAUCGGGCAAUUCUUGCACAUAUGAAGCUGCCCAGCUACACAGCAAUGGAAAGGCUGAUACAACAGACAACAGUCGUUAGACAAUGCUUAAGUCAGGAGCUUGGCAAGGUAACCUGCCGUUCAUGAAUUUCUGAAGCUCCAUAUUUCAGCUUAUUGCGGGCCACAUGUUGUUGCUGUUAGUAGAUUCCCUAAUAUUGAAUUGAAUCGGUUUGUUGUUCUCAAACUGGGGCAAGAGGCUCGAAUUUUAGAAAACUCAUUCAGUCAUUAUCACACAAUUAAGUAGUAGCCAGGGCUGUCUGACUUCCCAAAAAUAAAAAAAGAAAUAGUAGCCAGGACGACAUCUGAGGUACAGAGGAGCCAUUCACAGCACAUAAAAUGUGAAUGAAGUAAGUAAUUGGUGUACUCACUCUUUUGUUGUGGUUUUGUAGGAUGGGCUUCCACCAUUUUCCUUGGAGGAUUUCCUCAAAAGCUGAAUGGACGAGUGUUUGAAGCAUUGCUGGCGAUGGGUAAUCGCAUAUUCAGCUUGAGUUUUUGGAUUUGGGGUAAGGUUUGCUGAUGGGUAAAAAAGUCUUCACCGCUUGCUUUUCUGUGAAGACGGUAAGUGGGCUGUCUCGUGUAUGCGCUCUCCUGCUUUUAGUGAGGCAUAACCCCUCGUCCUGAGUGCCCAUUGUGAAAAUCAUGAUUGCCUUCAACUUCGUGCGAAUUGGUCUGUCUUCUCUAUUUAUAUUGUUGAUCCACGUUUGUGGCAUGCACUUGCUACCUUGCAUAUAUUCAGACGUUAGGGAAUUCCGAUUAUCUUGUAAUGUUAUAUCCGUCGAGCAUUUCCGCCUAUUUCAGUUAUUUGGCUUAAUGCGAGGUUGCAAUUCGUAACGCAUAAUGAACGUUUGGUGAUGAAGCACAA